ACGAGAUGUUCAGAAACACAGGAAGGACUGAUGAUGUUUAAAGGAAGAGUUCAUAUAUUGAAAAGAAGAAGACUGACAGAGACAGAAAAUGGCUGAUAAAUGUCACAUAUAUCUGCUGGGACUGAUAAUUCUCUGCUCACCUCUCACAGAAUAAACACACACAUGCACUAUGUGUCAGGUACCAGUGAAGUGGAAGACAUCCAUGUGUUCUUCACUGAUGGUGAAAAUGUCACUCUGCCAUGUAAUAAUGCUAGUUCUGACUGCACAUCAACUACAUGGACCUAUUAUGGAGAAGGAUAUUCAAAGCCAGAGGUACUGUUUUCUGAAGUAAUAAAGAAGAAUGACAUAGAGAGACAUGAGAGACUGAAUCUGGUGUCUGACUGUUCUCUGAACAUCUAUAAAACCACAAAAGAAGAUUAUGGACUUUACAACUGCUGGAAAAAUGUGAAUGGAGAGAGACCAUAUACUGAAAAUGUUUAUCUGCAUUUUCUUCAUGUCUCUCCACCAUCUACACAGACUGAGAUCAGACCAGGCAGCUCUGUGACUCUCUCCUGUCAAUUAUAUUCAUUUGAUAGACAUACUUUGUGUAUUAGGGGAUUGAAACUGGUCUGGGUUAAUGAAUCUGGUGUUGAUCUGCAAACAGACUCCAGAUAUCAGAUAUCAUCCUCUCCAGAACACUGUAACAUCACUCUGACUACAACACUCCUGAAUGAAGACAACAACAGAGAGUGGAGAUGUCAGAUUACUGAAGGAACUGACGUGAAGACCUCAGUCAGCUAUACUGUCAAGUAUUUGGCAGACAGUAAAAUGUCAUUUGGAUCAUUAUUGAGAGUGAUUAUAAUUAUCGUUGAGAUUGCAGCAGUAACUACUCCUACUGUUAUUCUGCUUCAGAUCAUCUGUGAAAGGAGAGCUGAAAACAAAAGAAGAGCUGAAACACCUAGAAGACUGAGUGAUACCUACUAUAAUUUAGAAUAAAAAAAUAAAAUUGAAAAAUAUAAAAGAAUGACAAAAAUAACAUGAUUUCAAUGUAUUUCCAGCAUUCAGUAUUGUGCAGACUGCUUUAAAAUAAAGUUUGAGUCAAAUCUGUGAGGAUGAUUCAGGUUCAGUGAUUCUGGUGAUUCUCAUGUUGAAUGACAUUUACUGCUUUCAGAGAAAUACUGUAAUAGCAGGAAUUCAAUCUUUUCUACUGAAGUUUAGGAAGUGUUCAAAUGAGGAUUUUAUAGACUAUCAUGAGCUCAAGUAAAUAUUGUAUGAAAUAUACAGUAAACUGUUUGCUGAACUUUUACUGAAAGUGUGUUUAUUAAAUGUCUUAAUCACAUCUGGGUGACAUCUAUCUUAGCACUUUAGCAGAAAAGAUUCAGUGCAGCAUCCUACUAAAAGAGAAUGUUACAGUCACUGCCCUUGCCCUCCAGAAUAGCAGAGAAAAUUCCAAUCGAGUGAAGGGAUAUGUGGAAACUGUAAUUCCUAAUUAUGGUGAUCCAACAUUUGCCUCACAUUUCAGGAUGACAAGGCAAACAUUUCUUCUAAUGUCUUCAAUUGUUGCAUACACCAAGCUGCAGUGGACACAUUUGUAAAGGACUUUAGUUGGAUCCAUUGUGCGUACUGCCUUUUUAAUACAGAGGGGUUUAUAUACACGUCGCUGCUGAUUGGGUAACACCUCUGCACACCCACUAAAUGAUAGAAAACAUACCUCAAAGCCCAUUGCACACCAUUUCACACCGUUUCGAGGAAACGUGUCGUUCACCCACACAGACAACCCAGGGCGCCAUACAAGCGAACCGCUACUGCCCUCAAGUUGCCCCUCAUUGUUUUUUCCUCCCAGUAGAAUCUUAACACAAUAUUUUCUUCAAGAAUUCUAACGCUGCUCUUUUCCAUACAAAACAGUUCAUAAUGUGCACUGCUGUCAAGGUCCAAAGAGAAAAAAAUAAAUCAUCAUAAAAUUACCAUAAAAGUAGUCCAUACAACACAUAAGCUUGGAAUAUAGUGCACUUGUCAUGUGGAUUACUGUUAUGAUGUCUUUAUACUGAACCUUUAAUUACACUUUAUAGUAUAUGUCCUUUACGAAGCUCAAAAGUUGCUGCUCACUAUAAACUGUUAUUCAAUGGAAUAGAGCUGCUUAAUAUAUCUAUUUUUAUGUUCCUAGCAUAUGGGUUUUGAACAACAUAUGGGUGAGUAAAUGAGUGAGUAAAAGUACAUUUUUAGGUGAACUACUACUUUAACUGGUGGCUCAUUUUUUGAGCACAAACCUGACAAGAUAAGAUGGCAUUUAAGUCAUGUGAUGAUCACUUUGUUGGUGGGGUUUUGUGUUGCUUCAAAAGAUCUACCUUUGUUUUCAAGGCAGUUAACAUUAGCCAGUUGCAGGUUUUAUGGACUCAUUUCAGGCAUCUUUAACUGCUUAUGCCUGGUUUUGGUAGAAUUUUUGGCAUCAGCAGGCCUUAAUUUAUGAUGCUGAGGAAUUUUGGGGGCCUCUCUGUGUCUUAGUUUUAAUAACUUGGAAGUAAAUAUCAGUGUAAAUCCUGGAUUUAAGUUGUUCAGCAUAGAAAUGGUUAAUUCUUCUGCCCAUAAGAUCCUACGGAUAAGGGUCUAAUUUUAAAGUUGUAUUUUGUAAACCAAGUCUUUUAACUCACAGUAGUUCAGAGGUACAAAUAAUAAUUUUAACCAUACACUGCAGCAUCUAUGUAGAAUAAUUAUAAUUAAUGAAUAUAGUCACAUAGUUCUGAUUAUUAAAUGAGAAUAAUAAUAGUCCAGUGAUUCUACACACUUCACUCAUAUCAUAACCAUGUUUCUGUUGAUAUUUAGAAGACAGAUGAUGUGGCUUAUGCUGAGGUAAUCACUUACAGAAAUGCACUGACUGAAAGACACAAUGUAUGUAAAUAAAACUGGCCAUUUUAUACUGCUUAUGCCCAUGUAUACUGUCUGUUUUUGAUAAUAUAAUAAGGCCUUUCUUUUAAAAUCUGCUAACAAUGAAAAGGAAAAUCUGUCUAUGUAACAACAACAUCCUGUGUAAUGGCAGAGCCUACAAUAUUAAAAUAUGCAUUUGGACUAAAAUGGAAUCACUGAAGCUGUAAAAAUGCUGUAAUAAUGUGUUCAUUGAUACUUGCAUAUUGCUCGACUGUGUCUCUUUUGGUCAUUCAGGUUCAUUCUGGUGAUAAAGUGACGUAUGCUGCCAUCAGAGGAGCAAAAAGAGUUCAGGAAAACUGCAGUGCAACUUAUGCCUCUGUGAUCAAGAAUCCACCCAAAUUGGGGCCUGGGUAGCUCAGCGAGUAUUGACGCUGGCAACCACCCCUGGAGUCACGAGUUGGAAUCCAGGGUGUGCUGAGUGACUUCAGAAGAUGACAAUUUAACAGUGUGUAUUAGGCCUACUAACCUUUUUAUUUUCAGAUGCUCUGUAGAAUUUAUAACAUGCUAACAAUUUUCUGUGCUGGCCACUGGUGAUAACAGAAUCAGUUGUAUAAUUUUUUGUUAAUAUUUUCUGUUGUUUGCUUUGAGAUCUUUAUAUUUGUCUGUGUAAUUGUUUGUUAUAUUGUCACAUUAAAGAGUUUUCAUGUCUUUUAAACUAAAAUUAAUGUUUCCAUUAAGAGGCACUCUUUUCUCCCUGGAUUUAAGUUUUAAGACAUAUUUUGUUAUAAUCUUAUAAAAAUAUACAAUCUCUCAAUAUUUUACAGUACGUCUAAUAGUCCUUCUUCAAUUUAAUCAAUUUAUUAGCAUAAUUUACCAAUCUAAAACUAAUAAUUUAUAUGAUAAUUUGCAGGGGUGUAAAGUAACGAAUUACAAAUACUCACGUUACUGUAAUUAAGUAGUUUUUCCCAGAAAUUGUACUUUUUUAAGUAGUUUAAAAAUUGUAUACUUUUACUUAAGUGCAUUUUAAGUGCUGUAACUGUACUUUUACUGCGCUAUUUUCCCACCGUCUGUGUUCGCUACAGUUUAAAGGAGGAGGCAUGAAAUGAAAUCCUAAAAAUCUUAAAUUCUGUUUUGAUGAAUAAAGAAACUCAGAUACAUCUUGGAUAGCCUGAGGGUGAGUAAAUUAUCAGCAAAUUUUAAUUUUUGGAUGAACUAUUCCUUUAAUCCUGCCUCUAAUUUGAAGAAACAUAUCGAGGUAAAUUUCAUAUUUCUGCUUACUAGAUUCUGUGUGUCUAUAAUGUAGCUUGUAAUUUAGCUAUCUAUUACUGAGAUUAUUGGGUUGAUCUUAGAGAUUAAGGCGAUGUUAUCAAUAGGGCUGGGCGAUAAAACAAUCUUGAUGUUUAUCUGAAAAAAAGAAAAAAAAAAGGAAAAAAGGGAUCGAUUUCGAUGAUAAACUUUUGAAUAAUUUUCUAUACUUAGCCUAUAUUAUACAAUCUAGAACAGGGGUGUUCAUUACAUCAAUCGCAAUAGCAAGAGCACCACUGGUUGAUUGAUCUGGAUGAAAUAUAAAAGAUUGACUUUUUAUUUCCUGACCAGCUGUGUGCUGUUUGAUAGACAGGCGGCUAAUUUUUGUGCGCUAAUGCUAAAUGGUCAAAUACACUUUAUAAUUCCGCCAAUGCCCGUCUUGAUGAGGCAUUAAUGUAAACGCAUUCGGUCUAAAGUGAGCGUAAACAGUGGGACAAAAAGCGUAUUUGCAUCAAAAUGUUGGACUUGAAGUGUACAUGUAACCGAACUGAGCACUGUCUAGUAGGCUAUGUCAUAUAAAGGCUAUUAAUCAAACCACAAUAACAAGGAAACGAGAAAAUCACUCACUACUUUUGGUUGAAUAACUUGAGUAGCUUUAAAAGUAUUAAUGUAACAGAAUAAAACAGUGAUAUUUUUAAUAACAAUAUUUUUUAAUAAUAUUGUUAGAUUUUUUUUUUUUAUAAUACUGACUCCUGAUGUAGAGAGAGUGUUAAUUUGUAUAAUAAAUUACCAGGAAAGUAGAGAUGAUAAAAUAAUUUAUAAUUAUGCUUAGCCUUUAUCAAGUUUUUUCUAAUGCCUGAUAGAAAAGUAUAAACCUUUGUAGAGCAAUACUUCAGGCAGAACAUUCCACCAGUCACAAACUUCAAAAAAUUGUGCAUCAUGCAUUAGAAUGAGAACACAACUGUUGCUGGGCUUAAAAGAGAACUAAAUCAGUGUUGAACAUUGUAUCUCAAAAGGAGGACAAUGUGACCCCCCAUGUGCUACUUAAAGGGAUAGUUCACUCAAAAAUGAAAAUUCUCUUAUCAUUUACUCACCCUCAUGCCAUCUGUCUAUGACUUCAGAACACAAAUUUAUAUUUUUAGAAGAAUAUUUCAGCUCUGUAGGCCCAUACAAUACAAGUGAAAGGUUGCCAAAAUUAUGACGCUCCAAAAAGCACAUAAAUGCAGCAUAAAAGUAAUCCAUAUGACUGCAGU